GCACUCUUGUGUUUUCUAUCUUUCAUAAUAGUGCUUUCUCUAGAAGUUGUCUCUGAGACCUCUUAUCGGGCACAGUUUGAGAAUUUUAACCAGAAAUUCAGUAAGAACUAUCAGAGUAAAGAAGAGUUUCAUUAUCGACUAUCCAUAUUCUCCAAAAACCUGAAAGAGGCAGCGCGUUUACAGAAGGAGGAACUGGGGACAGCAAAGUAUGGUGUCACAAAAUUUAGUGACCUCACAGAUGAAGAAUUUGCAAGAUAUCAUUUGAAUCCAGUUCUUGCACUGCCUCCAGAUAAUUUGACAGAGCAUAAAAUAGAGGCCCCACCAAAACAAUUAUCAUGUGACUGGCGCAAAGCAGGUGUCAUUUCAGAAGCCAAAUUCCAGGGCGAUUGUGGUUCAUGUUGGGCUUUUGCUUCUGUGGGAAACAUUGAAGCACUGUGGGCAAUUCGUGGAUAUCCAAUGAAUUUGUCAGUUCAACAAAUUAUUGAUUGUGGUCCAUGUGAUGCUGGGUGUGCUGGAGGUUAUGCCUGGGAUGCAUAUAUGGUUGUAUUAAAGGAAGGAGGACUGGUAACUGAACAGAGUUACCCAUAUCAGGGAUCAAGGGGGCGCUGUAAAUCUUACAUUUUGAAGAAAUAUGGAUGGAUAGAAGAUUUUGUAAAACUCCCUAAAAAUGAAGGAGCAAUGGCUUCUUUUGUUGGUAAGAAAGGAACCCUCACUGCCUGCCUUAAUUCCACUGCGCUCAAGUAUUACCAACAUGGGGUACUUUAUCCAAACCGGAUAAACUGCAGUCCAUUGGCUGACCAUAUGGUUUUACUGGUUGGAUAUUCCAGAGAUAACAAUAAUUGCCCAUACUGGAUUGCAAAAAACAGCUGGGGAAAGGACUGGGGAGAAAAUGGCUAUUUCAAAAUUUUCCGUGGGAAAAAACGUCUGUGGUAUCACAACAUAUCCAGUAAGCGCCGUCAUUAAUGAUUCGAACAGAAGACUAAUUCCUUGCCCUCCAUGA